AUGAAGCUCGAUCCGGCAGUUAUCAGGGUCCUCGGCCUGAAUCUUGACAAGACGCACGUCUCCUCCGCAGGCGGAGGCGGCUCGAGCUCGGCAUCGACGUUGAAGAUCACGUCACAACUCGACGAUGGCACAGAUCAGGCGUUCUUCAUGAAGACUGGGAGCGGGGAAGAGGCCGAGGUCAUGUUUCAAGGCGAGUACGCAUCCCUCCAAGCCAUCCACGACGCCGUACCAUCUCUAUGUCCUCAACCCCUCGGUCACGGACGAUAUGAAUCGCAGCCAUCCACAUCCUUCCUCGUGACUGAAUUCCUUCACCUCACGGGACGAUCGAGUUCAAAGUCGAAAACGCUAUCGCUGGCAGCUAAGCUCGCAAAGCUACAUACCACGCCCGCGCCCAUACCAGAAGGCUGCGACAAGCCUGUGUUUGGGUUUCCGGUGACAACGUGUUGCGGCGAUACACCACAAGAUAACAGCUACAAGGGGAGCUGGGCAGACUUUUAUGCGGAAAACCGUCUCAGAUCCAUCCUACGAUGCGCGGAGCAGAACGGGCGCAGGGACGGCGACGUCAAGAAGCUGGUUGAACAGACCGCGACCAUGGUUGUACCCCGCUUGAUUGGCGAUGACCAUCUCAAUAACGGCGAGCGUGUUACACCUGUCGUUGUGCAUGGCGACCUAUGGAGCGGCAAUGCAAGCGCAGGCGUCAUUGGUAAUAAGAAUGGCGAGGUUGAAGACGUGGUUUACGACUCGUCGGCAUGCUACGCGCACAACGAGUUUGAAUUAGGCGCCAUGAAGAUGUUUGGUGGCUUCGGUGGAAGUUUUCUGGAAGAGUACCAUCAGCUGUGUCCAAAGACGGAGCCCGUGGAGGAAUACGAAGACAGAGUGAAGCUAUAUGAGCUCUACCAUCAUCUCAACCACUAUGCAAUGUUCGGGGGAAGUUAUCGGAGCGGCGCGGUCAGUAUCAUGCGAGAUCUUGUCAAGAAGUAUGGUGGUGAAGGAUAG